CCGGUGAUGUGCGCGUGUAUAUGUGUGUGUGCGCGCUCCCGCAGAGUAGCGCUCCGGUGUGAGUCCUGGAGAGAGGUAGGAUCAUGUCCCCGCUGCUGCUGCUGGUGCUCGGCCUGCUCCUGCCGCUGCUCCUGCUGGUCCUGCGCGGCAGGACGAGGACAGCGCCUCCACAGACUGCACGCUCCGUCCAGCUCUGUCCUGUUCUGGAUCCUUAUGCUGGAUUCCCACAGCUGAGUGGGAGCGCUGAUGUCCAUCUGACCUUUUAUGUUAAAAAGCUCCAGUCUGAGAUUAAACACCUGAUACGGUUUGCAUCUUUUAUAAAUACAGGUAAAUACAUGACCUUCAUCAUGGAUCCUUUACUGUAUCCCAACAUCAUCAAACAAGGCCGGCAGCUGGACUUUCACGAGUUCUCCAACAGGGUGGCAUCAUUUGCCUUUGGCUAUCCACCUAUUAGUAGCAAGUUCCCCGGCCUGAAGGAGCAGAUCACACGCGGCUUCAUUCUCCUCCAAGGGGAUAACCUCACGCCCCUGACAGAGAGCAUGAUGGGUAACCUGAUGCUGGUAUUUCGUCAGGACUACCUGGACCAGGAGAGCAGCUGGAAGACCACCUACAUGCACAAGUUCUGCAACUCGAUCAUGUUCGAGGCGACCUUUCUCACCAUGUACGGCAAGCCGCCAUCCGCCAGCCGCCACAGCGGGAUGAGCGUCCUGGAGACGGACUUCAUCAACUUUGACAAGAUGUUUCCGCUCCUCGUCGCUCAGAUACCCAUCUGGCUGCUGGGACGAACUAGGGCGAUCCGCGAGAGGCUCAUCAACUACUUCCUGCCGCACCAGAUGUCUUGCUGGUCACAUUCUUCAGAGUUCAUCAGGACACGAUUCGAGAUGUUUGAGCAGUAUGACACGCUGAGGGAUUUCGACAAAGCAGCUCAUCACUUUGCCAUCCUGUGGGCGUCUCUGGGGAACACGGUUCCUGCUAUUUUCUGGGUCACGUAUUACCUGGUGAGUCACCCUGAGGCGCUGCAGUUCGUCCGUCGGGAGCUCGAGGACGUCCUGAGACUCAGCGGGGUGGAAUUCAGCAGAGAUAAGGAUGUGACGCUGACCCCAGCGCACCUGGAGAAACUUCUCUACAUGGAGAGCGCCAUCGAGGAGAGCCUCCGCCUGUGCUCGGCCUCCAUGAACAUCCGGGUGGCUCAGGAGGACUUCAGUCUGCGUCUGGAUACGUUCCGGUUCGACCGCUACGUGCAGAACGGCCAGAAGAAGACCAACUUCUACAAGCGUGGCCAGAAGCUCAAGCAUUACCUCAUGCCUUUCGGCUCAGGUGCCAGCAAGUGUCCCGGACGUUUCUUCGCAAUCAAUGAGAUCAAACAGUUCCUGUCCGUGAUCCUGCUUUACUUGGACCUGGAGUUGGAGGAGGGCCAGAGCAAAGCCACCUUGGACCUCAGCAGAGCCGGCCUGGGAGUCAUGCUACCAGCUGAAGAUGUCCGCUUCCGCUACAGGCUGCGGCCUGUCUAACGGGGACCCCCCCAGCAGUCGUCCUGGUUCCCUGUGAGCGCCGACCUCGCGGCAUGCACUUCUGUGCACAGCCUGGACAGCGAGAGACCAGAAAGAACCAGACGUGCUGCACAUGAACAGCUGUGGAGACGCUGGACAGGUUGAAGCUUCCAGCCUGUCGGAUUUUUU